GUCAAAGGCUUGCUACCAAGAUUGAAGGAAAAAGUUGAUCUUCUGGUGUUUAAUCCCCCAUAUGUAGUGACUCCACCUGAAGAGGUCGAAAAUCACGGAAUUGAGGCAGCUUGGGCUGGUGGCAGAAAUGGUCGAGAAGUCAUGGACAGAUUCUUUCCACUGGUUUCAGAUCUCCUUUCACCAAGAGGAUUAUUCUAUUUAGUUACCAUUAAAGACAACAAUCCAGAAGAGAUUUUGAAAACAAUGAAGACAAGAGGUCUUCAGGGGACUAUUGCACUUUCCAGGCAAGCAGGCCGAGAAAUCCUUUCAGUCCUCAAGUUUACCAAGUCCUAACAUAAAGUGUGAGCUGACAGCUACUGGAAGCUGAAUGCAUUGAGCAAAUUUUGAAACUGAAGUCAUUCCUUGGUUAAAAAGGAAUUUUAUCAGAAAUUUGUCAUAAAGAAAAAGGAGGCAGAGGAAGAUGCUACCACAUAAGAGGAGAUGUGAUUGAUCAUGGACGCAGAGAUUGGAGUGAUGUGGUCAGGAAAUGCCAGCAGAAGUGGGAAGAGUCAAGGAACAGAUUCUCCCUCAGAGCCUCAGGAGGAAGGAAGUCCCCUCCUGACACCUUGAUUUUGGCCCAGUGAA